GUGGUGAUUGUUGAGUAACUGCUCCUUGUUCCAAAUCAAAACACCCUCUCUCCCAUAUAGGUCGAGCAAAAGGGCAUCACGGGCUGGUCGCCCUUUAUCGCCGCCGUCGAUUUCCUAGGCCAUGUGGAAGCGCGUCGUCCUCGCAAGUCUCGCGGCCCUGCCAGCUGGACUGGCGAGUCCGGGGUCAUCCUCAGCCGCGCUCCUACAAUUACCCGAUUGCGCAAGGAAUUGCUUUGCCGUCGCCAUCCCCAAGUCGACAUGCUCUGCCACAAACGGAACGUGCUUGUGCACAAACCAGGCUCUGCAGAUGGAGGUGACGCUCUGCGUCACCGAGACAUGCACAGUCAAGGAGUUAUUGGUCACCAAAAAUACCACCCUGACAAGCUGCGGCGCUCCCGUCCGCGACAGGUCAAGCGAAUACGUGGUUCUCUCCAACGUUCUCGUCGUCAUCUCCGCGCUUUGCAUCCUCCAACGCUUCGCCUCCAGAUUCUACUGGGAGCUAGGACUUGGCCUCGAUGACUGGUUCAUCCUUCUCACCAUGCUGUGCGGCAUACCUAGCAUGGUCAUCAUCGUCCACGGCGCCGUACCCAACGGCCUGGGCCGCGAUGUGUGGACGCUGACUCCUGAGAAGAUUACGAGUUUCGGCAUGUUCUUCCACGUCAUGACGAUAUUAUAUUUCAGCCAGAUCACGCUGCUUAAAUUUUCCAUGAUCUUCUUAUACCUCCGCAUCUUCCUCGAACACUCCGCCCGCCGAAUUCUCUGGUGCACGCUUGCCUUCAACUGUGUUUUCGGCAUCCUCUUCAUCUUCUUGGCCGUCUUUCAGUGCCAGCCUAUUAGCUACUUCUGGAAAAGGUGGGACGGAGAGCACCAAGGACACUGCCUCGAUAUUAACGCCAUUGCGUGGUCAAACGCAACGAUCUGUAUUGUUCUUGACUUGUGGCUGCUUGCUGUUCCCUUAUCGCAGCUAAGGACUCUCAACCUGGAUUGGAAGAAGAAGGUGGGAGUCGGGAUGAUGUUUUGCGUCGGAACCUUUGUCACUAUCGUCAGUACUCUCCGUCUUCAAGUGGUUAUAAAAUUGGGAUCACAUGCCGAAAACGCUACUUGGGAGUUCAUAGACGUUGUCAAGUGGUCCACCAUAGAAAUCAACGUGGGCAUCAUCUGCGCCUGCAUGCCAUCGCUGCGCCUAGGGAUCGCCCGCCUAUUCCCCAGGGUAUUAGGCACGGUACGGGGGUCCUACGCCAACUACGGUAGCCACAGAAGGAGCGGAGUCACUGGGCAGAGCAACAGGAGCAACAAGAGCAGGCAGUUGGGGACGAGUGCAACGUCCCAUGCGGAGCCGGGCCACGUGGUGGCGGACUCGGGGGGAAUCACUCAACAGAGGACAUAUGCUGUUGAGUUUGGAAAUGUCGACGAUGAGACGCAGUUGGUGCAUAUGAAGGAGCUGGACCGCAAGAGCUCGGGAUCUGACGUCUCAGUAAUUAUUGAGACCGGGCCUAGGACUACGGUUAGAGACCACGUGUAAGAUACUAAUUAAGACAUAAAGUAAUUACGACUAAAAACAUUUGUAAACUAUAGAAUAACGG